AUGACGUUGAGAGUUACUUCGCUUUUCCAACUCCUCAACCUUUAUCAACGACAAACCCAGCUAAUAUUCGCAAGUACACUCUCCGUCUUCCGGAGGGAACUCACUGUGCUCAGAGAAAUCAUACCGGCCAGCAGCCGGCAUGCAACACACACUCCGUCGUUCAGCCCCAAGGAUGGAGCACGAACCCCUGAGCCUAGCAACCAACAAAGCGACUCUUUAAACAUCACGACUAGGAGGCCCAGCAAUCGUAAUGAAACCUACAUAAGUGGCCCUGAGCGGGGUGCUGAGGGCCCUGCACCAAUCGAGUCUCCCAUUUGA